AUGGCGUUCUAUAUGCAACAGCUGGCCAGUGCUAAACUCGCCUCCGUCGAGAGUGUCUGGGCCGACAUCGUCACCUCGUUCUCGCCCGCCACCAUCGAAUUUGUCGGCACGAUCAUCGUCCAGAUUAUCUCCUUCUGGAUCCCGUCGUUCUUGUUCCUCGCGCUGGAUAGCUGGGCGCCGUCCUUCUCGCACCGACACAAGCUGCAGCCCAUCCCCAAACAGCCGACCAAGGAAGAAAUCAAGUCCUGCACCCUCCUCGUUUUGCGCAACCAGGUGUACAGUUCCGCCCUGCACCUUCUGAUCAUCGCCGCUGCACCGUUCCCAACAUAUCGGGUCCAGCCCUCACUACCUACCUUAACGGAGCUCGUCAGAGACUUCAUGCUCUCGCUUUUGAUGCGCGAAGCCUUAUUUUACUAUGGCCACCGUCUCCUCCACCACCGCGCCUUAUAUGCCAGAAUCCAUAAACUCCAUCACCGCUUCACUGCUCCCGUUGCGCUUGCAGCGCAGUUCGCGCACCCAGUCGAGCAUCUCCUUGCAAACAUCCUCCCUAUCACCCUCCCUCCAGCAAUUCUGAGAAGCCAUAUCUUAGUAUUCUGGAUCUUCCUGUCGUAUGAAUUGUCCAAUACGGCACUGGUGCAUAGUGGCUACGACUUUUUGAGUGGGUUGGCGAAAAUGCACGACUUGCACCAUGAAAAGUUCAAUUUGAAUUACGGCUCGAUCGGGUUGCUGGACUGGUUCCAUGGCACGAAUAAACUUCACAAGAAAGUGCAGUAA